GUUAUGAACAUGGAAUGUUGUGAAUCAAAAUGAAGUUCUAACGGCAAAGAUGUCGUAGCUCUAUCAGAGGACACGUCUGUGUGUUCACAACUCCCUCUUGUCAUUGCUACAUCGCAUUAUUUCCCAUCAUAAUGGCGAUCGACUUUCUUGGAUUGGGUUAUGCUGGAGCUCUCAUUAUGGGUGGCCUAAUUGGAUACAAGAAGAAAGGGAGCGUGACAUCGUUGGUUGCGGGACUGUUAUUUGGCAUCGUGUCCUUGUAUGGCGCUUACAAAGUCUCGUAUGAACGGAGUGAUGUGACAGUCUCACUGCUGUCAUCGGGCGCUCUUGCCCUGGUGAUGGGGAUACGAUUCAAGAAAUCUAAAAGGUUUAUGCCUGCUGGUUUCAUGGCUGCGAUGAGCCUCUUGAUGGUUCUGCGGCUUCUUGGCAUCCUGCUUUUUGGAUAACCAGUCACAACCUCUUGAGUCCAUGUGUGUUUCUAGUACUACAGGCAGAAAUGCACCACAGUUCACCACCAGUGUUAGUCAGCUACAUUCCAGCCACCUUGUCAGCUUCCAUUUUACAUUCCAAAUAAAGCACUAAUGAUUUCUA